GGAAAAAGUGAAGGGGUCUGAAUGCUUUCUGAAUGCACUGUAUAUUCGCAGUCUAUGCUGUCGUGCUCCUGUACAGACGGAGUACCUAUUUUUAUAAUACCAACAAUCUUCUUUCUCAAGCUUGCUUUAUUGAAUUUGACGUCCCAUGGACACACACUACUCUCACACUGUCUGGCCUAUUCUUUUUGCCAGGUCAUUAUUUGGGAAAGUAUAUAUCUUCUCACUGACUCUGUGGCCGACGAGAGUUUUUGGAUGCUACCCUGGCGUCUGAGCUGAACGUCCCCACUCAGCCCCUCUCCAUUCUCAUGGACUUUAGAGCGCUGGACUGGCGCUCUCCAGGCCGAGUCACUCACAACACCACUCCCAUCCACUUACAGGUGUCAGGGAACCCCAGCGAGACGAUCCAGAUCCUGUUUAUCAAGUCCCCUCUGAUUCCCUUGGUAUUGGGAUUCUCCUGGCUCCAACGACACAAUCCCCUCAUUAACUGAUCUAUUGGUGUCAUCAUGGGCUAAAGCCCGUUCUGCCAGGCCCAUUGCCUAAAGUCAGCACAACCUGCCCUGGGACGUCUUCCUGGGGAAUUUGAAGGUGCCCCGGACCUCUCCGCCAUACGUACUGUCACACCCUGAUCUGUUUCAGCUGUCUUUGUGCUUGUCUCCACCCCACCCCAGGUGUUGUCCAUCUUCCCCAUUAUCCCGUGUACUUGUACCUCUGCUUUCUGUUUGUCUGUUGCCAAUUCGUCUUCUUUGUCAAGCUUACAAGUGGUUGUCCGGCCAGCUCCUGUCUUUUCUCAGCCUCUCUUUUUCACGCCCUCCUGGUUUUUGAACCUUGCCUGUCCUGACCUUGAACCCGUCCGCCUGACCACUCUGCCUGACCCUGAACCUGCCUGCUGUCCGGUACCAUUGCCACUAUCUGGAUUUCCGACCUCUGCCUGACCUGACCCUGAGCCUGCCUGCCUGCCGUCCUGUACCUUUGCCUCUGUUGCUAUAAUAAACAUUGUUACUUCGACACAGUCUGCAUCUGGGUCUUACCUUAUCCUGAUAAAUAUGAUGUCAAGAUGAGCCAAUGCGGCCAAAGUUUAGGGAGAGUCAAUAAUGUCACCACACAGUUCACUGGCAUAUGUCUGGUUAUAGUACCUAUAGCAGGCAUCAGUAUGGUUGUACCUGAAUGAUUUUGUGGAAGGGGAUGUUUAUGAUACUAUAGUGAGUAUAUAAGCUUUUCAGGAAGUACAUUAUAUUUCCUUGAGAUAAUUGGGUGACUGACAAAAUGAUGGGGUUUUAUUUGGAUUAAAAAUCUAAACCUAUUUCAGUUUGCAUUUAGGCCAAUUUGACCGAAAUCCUGUGCUUUCCCCAUCCACUCAAAGUGAGAGAAAGACUCAAUGGAAUGCCUUAGUUAAAGAGUGCUGGUCAUUCUGUACACAGAACAUAUUUUUCGUUGGGCAUGGCAUGGGGGUAGAGGGUGGAUGAAUCUUCCACAAAGUAAAGACUUUUCCAUACGAUUCCAUGGCAUACAUCCAAGGUAUUUCCCAACUGUGACAUUCAUUAUUCAUCGCAUACAUUCAGAGGUUUGGGUGGUCAAUGGUUAGACUGUGAUGGUGUUUGAAACUGAAGUAUUGAAACUAAAGUUAUUGAAACAAAAGUGCAGUAUAGUGAUUCUUGUAGGCAAGCAAUUCCAUCACACACAAUACAGUACUUCAUGUACUAUAUACUGUAGACAGUCUCCUAGAAAGAAAUGUAAUAUGCAAGUGUAACCAUUUGACAUGCCAACUGUAUGUGUGACUAUAUAUGGUAUGAAAACCUUUUGAUUUAAUGCCUAAAUACCACUGAUUUAAUCAGAGUGCUCCCACUGGACAGUUGCUGUACCUCUCUUUUGACCUUAUAUAUUUGCUCCACUGAGGAGGCAAGAGUCUUGGCGAUCUCUUUGACCCCACACUGCUGGUAGAGUUUUGACAGUUGGUGCUGUGUACCUUGGCAGUGCCAUGGUAGUCGAGAGGUACAGUAUAUUACAAAUGGCAGAGGUUCUAGGAACCUUCAUGCCUGGAAUCCACUGGGACAGCUGGAGAUGAACGCUGACUCCACAGUGUCAGGCACUUUCAAAAUGGGACCUUUUAAUGCUUAAUAUGCAUUCUUCUCUCCGUUCAUUCCCUGGAAGCAUGUUUCUUAUUUAUUGAAAUGUUUUAUUGUGUUUUAUUAAAACAACUUGGGGAUAACUGUGGAGAUAGAGGGGCAGCCAAAGCAUGUGCUCUACGAUUACAAACAGUUCUUUAGGCAGACCUAAGCACUCAAAUGAAAUAUCACUCAAAUGUCCCAACCCACAAAUUAUUUUGAUGGAAAACUCUCAUUGUAUAGUUGAUUUAAAGAAAAAUCUUUAUUAUUCAGGGAUUUUAAAAAAAUCCAAGUAAUAUUAGCCGUCACGAAAAUACAAGAGAAGAAGAGAUAUUCAUGUGCAAUGAAUUCUAUAGAAACAGAAUAUAUAAACACAUAUACAGUAUUUCAAUGAUUACUAGAAAAUCUUUCUUGUGUUUUUUUUACAGGGCUUGGAAGCCAGUACAGUGAGUUUUCAUAAUGAGUGUAUUAACAUAUAUCAAAUUGUUUUCUGGCCCCUGGGUAGAAACCCUCUGUGAGAGAAAAAAAAGGAAGAGGGAGAAAAGACAGGAGGGCUUGUGAGUGCGUCAGAUACCCUGUGAGAGAGUUGGCCCAGUUAAAGUUCCCUGCCACAUAUGUCAAACAGUCUUGUUUGCAAAGGCUAGUGUUUAAGUGUGGAUCUGCUGAGCUUCUCAUCUCCUAGCUGGCUGCUUUACUCUGCUCUACUCUACUGGGCUUGAAUAACUGAUAAAGGUAUGUACUGUCUGGGUCAGUGGCAUUGCUGCUUUGUGUGCAUGGCAUUUGUAUUUAUUAAAUAUAGUAGAGACUGUGAUGAAUGUGAGAUUAAUUAAGCAAUAAGAAUGGUAAUUAUACAUUUUCAUUGAUGCUAGUAGAGAAUAUUACAUUUAUAACUUUCCAUUGUGAAUUAGAAUGUCAAAUUAAAUAAUUAUAUUGAUUACAGAUACUUGUGUAAAAAUAUUGUUUCAGCUAUAAGGCUUCCUAUCAUUUUUCACAGUUUAGGUAUGACUAUGUAUGUUAAAAUGAACAAGUUUCAUGACAACAUUCUGACUGUACAAUUGACAUAUUAAUUAAAUAUUGAUAGUGAUUUGCGUAUAUUAUUUUGUGACUGUAUAAGGUUCUUGCUAUCAGUUUCUACUGUAUAUAUUUUUUUUUGCCUAACUACAAACAAACUACAGUUAAGAAUGUAACAUUUGUAUUCUCUUGACCUCUGUAAACUUGAUUCUGACUUAUAAUCAUGAAUUAAUUCAUUAUACAUUGAUAAGUAUGUUCAUAGAGUUCAGACAACACUUUGCACAGGAAUUACAAACAGUACUUAAUAGAAGCUUUCUCCCCAAUAAUUGUUGCUCUUUUGACUCCUAAUAUUGUAGCUUAUGACAGUUUCUAAAAACAUAUAUAUUUAUUCAACAUGCUUUCCCUCCUCUCCCCACUCAACAGAAGUCUACUAGAACCAUGUGCUAUCAAAACUCCAUCCAGAGGGUAGAGAUGGGUGCUGCUUGCGCUCAGCUCCUCUUCGCUGCCAUCUUCUGGUCAAUGCCUUACACUGGAGCUGCUGCUGUGCUGUCUCUGUCCAAAUCCAACCAGACAGACCUUCUCCAACUAACUAGGUCUGCCUUCGAGGCAGAGUCUGACUGGAGUAAUCGGAAUCUUACUAGCAUCGACAUGCCUCGUAGCCGAAGGAGGAGAGCCAUCUCCUCCAGAGAAAUGAAUGCCUUGUUGGAUUAUCACAACCGUGUCCGCUCCCAGGUCUUCCCUCAAGCUGCCAACAUGGAGAUCAUGGUGUGGGAUGGGAAACUGGCAAAAUCAGCAGAUUCCUGGGCUUCCCGUUGCAUAUGGGAUCAUGGACCCUCACAGACCAUGAGAUAUAUGGGCCAAAACCUGUCCAUCAACUCUGGCAGAUACCGAUCAGUCAUUGAGCUGGUGAGGUCCUGGCAGGAUGAGAAAAACUCAUUCUCCUACCCCAACACAUGCAGUGGACCAGUUUGUUCCCACUAUACACAGAUGGUAUGGGCCAAUACCAAUAGGAUGGGAUGUGCCAUCAACAAGUGUUCAAACAUGAACGUGUAUGGGAGCUCUUGGAGAACAGCAGUGUUCCUGGUUUGCAACUACUCUAUCAAAGGGAACUGGGUUGGAGAGGCUCCCUACAAGAGUGGCAAACCAUGCUCUGCUUGUCCAUCAAAAUAUGGAGGUUCGUGUAACAGAAACCAGUGUUCCUCCGCUGGUUCAAAAGUCAAAGCCAAGAGACGAAAAAGAUAUUAAAACAAGUUGGACGUCAGUCACAUUUUCCCUGUUUUAAUGGAAGACUUUAAAUGAUUAACUGUUUCCUGUUGAACCAUUCCAUUGAUCUCAUUUAAAAAAAACUGCAAGAGAAGAUGUGUGAGAUGCGAAGAAUUUCUAAAUAAUAAUAGUAAUUUAAAAAAAACAAUAACUGGUUUUGCAAAGUUGGAAGUAACUAAAAAUGACAAAAAAGUUUCUGUGAUUAAAUUACAGUACCACUAUUUUUGUGUUUAUUAUUAACAAGUGUUUGAUGCACCACCUACUGGAUGUUUAGGCAAGCCCCCCCCCCCCCAUCUCCUGGUCAUGAUGGUGUCAAUUCCCUCCUCUGCAUGGAAAUAAGCCUAAUUAUAAACUCUUGGGUUGCAAAGCUCCAUUUGGGGCCAGGACAUACAGAACCCAGCUACCUAAAACCACAAGGGAAUUAUGUUGUAUUCAUCUGAUUAUGUCCUUUAUUGAAAAUGUUGAGAAGAUGAGUUCAAUAUAUUUGUAGGGCUAUGCCAACGUGUUUGCUAAGUCCACAAACUGUUUGCACUGUUUUUGGUUGAUUAUUCGGCUCGAGUGACAUUUUGCGAAGCUAUUUGUAUUGAAAAUGAAGCACUUUUAUAGUUCACUGUUUUCAUUUUUUAAAAUGGUAUAAUACAUGUUUACUGUAAAUUUAGAGACAUAGAUCAUUUUUAUGAAUUGUUCUGUUGUAGACCAAUUAUCUUUUAUAACAUUGUAAUUCACUUAUUAGAGGUCAUGAUUGGCCUGAAAAUGACAACACUGUCAAGCAUUCUUUGAA